AGGGAGUUGGGACCCAGAUCUUUCUAGUUAAUCACACAACAAACUUAGAUCAUCGCAAUAAAAAGCUCAGCUCACUCUGCCUCCUCUAGUGACCGGCGGUGCACGGGGUCCCUCCGAGGAGCCAUCUCCCUUUCUCCUCCCCGCCAGUCGCAGGUGGGGCCGCCAGCACCAUGCGGGCCACCCACCUCCUGCCAGCCUUGCUGCUCCACCAGCUGCUGCUGCUGCUGCCCACCGCCAUCCCCGCGGCAGAGGGUAAAGGAAAAAGGAGAAAUCCUCUUCAUGACUUCAAAAAGACAGGAGAGUUGAUGCUCAUUAAAGUAAAUAAAACACUGGAAGUAAAAACUAAGCUGUUAAAUACCACUGAGCAAUGUGCCAAGAGAUGCAGCAGGAACAAGGGCCUCUCGUUCACUUGCAAGGCCUUUGCUUAUGACAGAGUUACAAAACGGUGCCAUUGGUUAUCCUUCAACAGCUUGACAAAUGGUGUGAGAAAGAAGCAAGACCAUGCGUUUGAUCUGUAUGAAAAGAAGGACUAUGUCAGGAAUUGUAUCAUCGGGAAAGGAGCAGACUAUAAAGGAACAAUAUCUGUUACCAAAAGUGGUAUCCAGUGUCAGGCCUGGAAUUCAAUGAUCCCCCAUGAGCACAGCUUUUUGCCUUCGAGCUAUCGGGGAAAAGACCUGAGGGAAAACUACUGCCGGAACCCCCGAGGGGAAGAGGGAGGCCCGUGGUGUUUCACCACCAGUCCAGAGAUGCGUCACGAGGUCUGUGACAUCCCCCUCUGCUCAGAAGUUGAAUGCAUGACCUGCAAUGGAGAGAAUUAUAGAGGGCCAAUGGAUCACACCGAGACGGGCAAGGAGUGUCAGCGCUGGGAUCUUCAGAGACCACACAAGCACAAAUUUCGACCAGAGAGAUAUCCUGACAAGGGCUUUGAUGAUAAUUACUGCCGCAAUCCCGAUGGCAAGCUGAGACCAUGGUGCUACACUCUUGACCCUAACACCCCCUGGGAGUUCUGUGCAAUUAAAAUGUGUGAUGAAAGCAUCACGAACAGCACAGAGGCAGCAGCUGAGACUUCAACAUGCAUCCAGGGCCAAGGUGAGGGUUACCGCGGCACAGUCAGCACCAUAUGGAGUGGAAUCCAGUGCCAGAGAUGGGACUCUCAGUUUCCUCACCAGCACAAUAUCACUCCUGAGAACUUCAAAUGCAAGGAUUUGAGGGAGAACUACUGCCGAAAUCCAGAUGGAUCUGAGUCACCCUGGUGUUUUACCACUGACCCAAACAUCCGUAUUGGUUAUUGCUCCCAGAUUCCUAAGUGCGAUGUAUCAAAUGAACAAGAUUGUUAUCGUGGCAAUGGCAAGAGUUACAUGGGGAAUCUAUCCAAGACAAGAUUUGGGCUAACUUGCUCCACAUGGGACAAAAAUAUUGAAGACUUACGUAGGCAUAUACAAAUAUUCAGAGAACCAGAUGUUAGUAAACUGAAGAAAAACUAUUGCCGCAAUCCAGAUGAUGAUUUUCAUGGUCCCUGGUGUUACACAGAUGAUCCUCUCGUUCCCUGGGAUUACUGCCCUAUUUCUCGAUGUGAAGGUGAUACAACUCCUACGACAACCAGCUUGGAUGAUACUGCCAUUCCCUGUGCCUCAACAAAACAUUUGAGAGUUGUAAAUGGAAUCCCAACACAAACUAACGAAGGAUGGGUGGUUAGUUUGACCUACAGGAAUAAGCAUAUUUGUGGUGGUACUUUGAUAAAGGAGGAGUGGGUUCUUACAGCAAGACAGUGUUUCCCUUCUCGGUACAAAGAUUUGAAAGACUACAAAGCCUGGCUUGGAGUCCAUAAUAUCAAAGGAAAGGGAGAGGAGAAGCAUAGACAAGUCCGGAAUAUCUCCCAGUUGGUAUAUGGCCCUGCAGGGUCAGAUUUGGUCCUACUGAAACUUAACAGACCUGCUAUAUUGACAAAUUUUGUAGAAAUAAUCCGAUUGCCAAUUUCUGGAUGUACCAUUCCAGAGAAGACCAGUUGCAGUGUUUAUGGAUGGGGAUACACUGGAUUAGUUAACUAUGAUGGCCUGCUCCGAGUAGCAAACCUGUUUAUUUUGGGAAACGAGAAAUGCAACCAAUAUCUAAAAGGGAAGAUCACUGUGAAUGAGUCAGAAAUCUGUGCUGUGGCUGAAACCAUCGGUGCUGGGCCUUGCGAGCGAGAUUAUGGUGGUCCCUUGGUUUGUGAACAAAAUAGGCUGAAGAUAGUUGUUGGUGUCAUUGUUCCUGGUCGUGGAUGUGCCAUUCGAAAUCGUCCUGGGAUUUUUGUUCGAGUCUCAUAUUAUUCCCGGUGGAUACACAAGAUUAUGAUGACCUACAGAAAACCCUGAAAAACUCAACAACUUCCAUUGAAAGAUUUUGGACAGCAUGGAAUCAAUGUCUAAUGUAAAGAUCAACAAUUUUUUAACUACUUGAUAGUCAAGUUUGUUGAGCUUCAUUUAAUAUUUAUGGGUGUUUUUGUUUGUCUAUCAGUGUUGUUUUAUAAAUGUUGGAGUGACUUACAGUAUAUGCAAGUAUGGUGACAUAUCUCCUGAAGAUACUUGAAUGGGUAAACAAUUUCACAAUGACACUAUUACUGGAUGAUAAAUGAUUCUGUAGAAAUAGAUCAUAUGACCUGUUUUAUGCUGCUCUUCAGAUUAUUUUAGAAGGAGAAAAAAAUUAUAGUUUUAUUUAACACAUUCUUUCCAUGAGCCAUAUAUUUCUCUUCAUAUAUAUGACAAAAGACCUACUGAGAGAUAUAUGCAACUGUCAAGGACAGCAUACAUGAUCAUAUUUCUCUUCCCCCCUUAUAAGAGGUCAAAUAUUGCAAUAUUUUAUUAAAAAAUAAUCCUUUAAUAAUUAAUCUUUUAAUUAUUGAAGGACUUUGACAAGUCUGCCAAAAGCAGAGUUCUCAUGGAAGUCACUACAAGUUUGGUUUUUUUAACAGUGCUUAUAGACUUUAGUUCUGCGCUUGGUUCCUUCACUGUGUAUGUGAUCCUUUAAUAGUUGUCUCAAAACACUUUUUGGUUAGCAAAGCAUUAAUCAUUUCUUUAAAGUUUGACCCAGAAAUAACUGUGAAUUUCCAGUGCUAAAGACAGCAUUUUGUACAGUUUGAAAAGUAAUUCCGAUUAUCUACUGGAAGACUUUGGACAUUAAAAUAAAUUUCAAUCAAAUAUGCCCAAAUCUUUCUCAACAGACAAGUAUUAAAAAUUCACUUGGUACUAGUUAUUUCAUGAAAGUAACUCUGUAUUUACAGCAGGAAAAAGAAGAGUUAAAUUUGACACCUGGCUGGGAAACUUAAGACUGGGAAAACUCAGAGGCUUGAGUUCUUUGCUAAAACCUUACCUAGAUUUGGACAAAAUUCUAUCCUCUGUAUAAUUCCUUUCAGGGUAAUAAAAUUAUUGCAGAGAUUGAUAUGAUCUUGUGUAUAGUAUGGACAACAUUAUCAACAGUUUAAUAGCUUGUGUUUCCUGCCUGUGUGUAGAAUCAUCAUUUCCUUUUAUGUUCAUGGGGAAAGAGAACAAAAAAUCAGCCUCUAUGAAAAGGGUUUGUUCUCCUUUAGGCAUUUGGUUGUAUGGCUGGAAGUAUUGUACCAAUACAUUGUUAUAGAUGGCACUGAUUACCCUGCAAUUUCUGGAAAAUUGAUGCAACAUAUAUACAAUUGUUAGUUUUACUACUGUACGUGUAAUUGCAUAAGUAACAGCACUGUUACUUCACUUGUGGCUGCAUAAAUUGUAAAUGUUUCCAGUAGCAUUUCCAGUAGGGUAUGUGUAUCAUGUCUAACUGCAUAGCCACCAAGCUGACACCAUGGUGUAGACAUGCAAAAGGACAUUUCAUGCAGAAGACGCAGGGUUGAAUUCUGCCCUUGCAGAAAGUAACCACUUCAGGGGAGUUCUCUUGGGAGACUGGCCCUCGUGUUGACUUACCAAAUUUUCUUCAGCAGUGCACUUUGACUUCACAUCUCCUGGUGAACUGGGAUGAGUUUCAGCUCGUGCUUAAGUAGCUCGGCUUGCUGAGAUUUGUGUCAAGCAUCCAGCGGAUUCUACUGGCACAUAGGAAGAAGUCUUUCAGCAAGCAGAGCUUCUAAAAUUCCUCCCAAUGUAAAUAGUCUCAUUGGACAAGAUGUGACUUCUCUGUACAGCAGAUUUGAGGUUGUGGAUGCUACACAGACAGUCUGCCUAGGUCUGUGUUGGCCACCUCCGAAGACUUUAUGCUCCCUUUGGCCUCUCUUACUUACCAGGCCCAAUGAGGGCAGGAUUUAGCCAGUUGUAUUUACAGUUAAUUAUUGCCAUGUAUGUGAAGAGUGUAUUCUUACUAAUUAUAUACUGACCAUAUCUUAUAGAAAGGAUUAACUUUUGAAGAGAGACUUUUAAAAAACUCCAAGUGAGUUUUGUUUUCUACCACAAGUAGAAUGUGGAUAAAAUAUACAAUUUCAUGUUCACUCUUUGUAUUCCAAGAAUUGUUAUGUGCUCAUUGUAUUAUAUUUGCAGGUAUUUUGUUAUGUCUAUCUAAAAGAAAUGAAUCCUAAAAUAUUUUAGUUAUAAGCUUCUGCUGUGCAGAAGACCGUGAUUUUUUUAUAUACAUAUCACACACAUAUAUAUAUAUAUAUAUGAUAAAAAUACUGUUUUUUGUUAGACAAUGUGUAAGGAUUUUUACCUGUUCUGGGCAGUGUCUCAGUAAAAUAAAUUGUGCAGAGUUGAUGCUCCAGAACUUAACAAGUUUGUAUGCACUUGCUUACCAGGUACUUUUGCUCUCCCUAUCUCAGUAUGGAGGGCACCUGAGACCUUGAAGAGCAAGGAAAGAGAAGAAUAGUGAUAUGUGGUAAUGAAUUUGUACUUCAUUUAUUCCUGUGAAUAUUUCUUGUUGGUACCAAUGGUACCGUACCAGGCAACUGUUAUAACUACAGGAUUCUCUUAAGAAAGGACACGCUAUAGAUAUUUUUUUCACUGUCGUAAUAUUUUUCUCUCUGUUAUAACAAGGGAACCUGAUCUCGUGCCCAUCCAAAUUCCUGGAAAGCCUCUUACUAACUUCAGUGGGAUCUGGACUUCACUUCAUAAAUGUAAUUUUAUUCAUAUUAGGAUAAAGGGUACAGAACUUAAAUUCUUAUCUAAAGACAUUCUUAAACUCCAUUGAAUUUCAUCUUCAUUCUCCUUGCUGUAAUGCUGUAACUAAUCCUUGGUCUCUGAAAAAUGUAAUAUCUGGUUAUAAAAUUUUGGAAUUGAGAUAUAAGAGCUGAUUUUUUGCUAUUGAAGUUAGUUUACCUUAAUUAUUGUUCUUCUUUGGGCAUUGGAACUGGCUGAUGUUUCUUCCUUUAAUUAAUGAAAACAUUUUCCCCUUAAAAAAAGCUUUUUUCCCUGUCUCUUUUUCUCUCAUAAACCUCAUGACCCUCAGAGAAACAUAGUUGUCAUUGGGAAUGUACUGGUCUAGAUUUUUGCUGCUACUGCUGAAAUCUUCUUCUCUAGUUUAAGAUUAAAACUCUCUGAGGUAUUCUGUAAUCCAUUGCUGCAGGUAAUGCCAAUGUACUUGACAGAGCUACUCACUUGAGUUGAUCUUUUCAGAUGAGGGUCCAAAUAUAUCUCCAAGGAUCAAAAUCUACUCAGGCAAAAUGUCCCUUGAAUUCAGUGAAUGGGAUUGUCAAAAGAGCGGGGCCUGAGAGUUGCUCAGUCCUUUUCCCAACGUGUGUUCUGAACCACAUGGAUCCUUGGACACUGAAAAGCACACAGAUUCUCAACUCCAAGGCAACUGCAGCAGGAGUCAAGGCUUUAUCAUCAUUCUGCUGGAAGGCUUGUUGUAAACCAGUCAACCCUCAAGGAGACUGUAUGAAGCCUAUUGGAUUGGUUGUUUAGCCUUGUUUUCUUAUCAAUUAUUUUCUUCCUCCCUCAUGUGCACUGACAUAUUACUGGUUUUGAAUGUUGGGGCUGCUGGCGGGAACUAACAUGGCUUUUCACCCUAAAAUUUUGCAGUGUUCCUUUUUAAACAUACUCUUGGGCAUUUAUGUGUGGUGUUACUUUGCAUGGGAUCUAACUUCAGGGAGCUGCCUGUGGAAUUUAGUGUAAGAUAAGAGUAUUUUUUCAUAUUUAAGAGGGAAAAAUAAUCUCCCAUUAAAUGCAACUUUCUGAAUGCCUAAUGAAAAGGGAACACUGUGGUUAUAACUUGUAUUACAAAUCUUCUGUAAUUAACAGCUUCUU